AUGACCUUCGGUUUUACAUGUUAUGUUUGCCUUGAUCAGAUGAAUUCUAAUAAUAUGAUGGCUAUAUCAUGUGGGCAUGUUAUGUGUGGAACUUGUUACAAUACUAUGUAUUUGAAAAGAGGAGAAGAAAAAAUAUGUGGUUUGUGUAGACAUCGUUUUGGAAGUGGAUUGAAAUUAUUUUUAGAUGACAAUACAACUAGGGUAAAUGAAAUUUCUCAUCAAAAUAAUAAAGAUGGUAAUAUUUAUAAUUUGGAAAGAAUUAAAAAUUUAGAGAAUGAUUUGGAAACUGAAAAAUGUGUAACAGAAUCAUUAAAUUUAGAAUUAAAGGAGAAACAACUCGAGAUAAUUGAGCAGAAGACAGUUGCAUUAGCAUUACAAAGAGAAAUUGAAGAUAAUCAUGAGAGAAUCAAUAAAUUGACAAAAAAACUUUCUGAAUUUGAAAAUAAACCUUUAAUAAAAAAUAGAAUUAAUGAACCUGACGACGAUAGAAUAAAUUAUUCCAAUAUACAAGAACAAGAUUUAAAGAAAAAUGAGACGUUUAAAAGAAUUGCUAAAUGA